GUGUCGGAAAUGUAAAACACGCCCUGAGCACGUACCAAGCGUCGUUCUGGUUGUGCACGUACCAGCUCUGAAGUCUCGCGUUACACAGCGGGAGUUCGGGACAGCCGGUGUUCGGCGGCGGUUAUGGACAACAAGUUAACGGAAUCUAAAUAUUGAAAUAAAGUCCGGACCGAAAAUGGGAUCCAGAUCCAGAACCGUCUACUUGGCCAUCACCAGUACUCAGAGCCUCCAGAAACGUAGUCAUGGCUGUGAAGGAGUUUUAAUGGACGGUUAACGGCUGUGAGUCCGGGAUCCUUUCAUUCCUUGUCUCGUUUUACCGGCAUCUAACUCGUUAACGUUAAAACCGUGUGGAAUCUGAGUGGAAGGUGUUAUCUGGACCUUUUUCCUGAUCAGCUGGACCCCUCCGACGGGUUUAGGGUGGAAAGUUGAGUUAGGAAGCAACCUGUUCGUUGUCGUUUUUGCUUUUUAAAGCCGGAUGAAAGGAGGGACAUGUGACGUGGUAGUCUGGUCUAGUCCCGUCUGACUCGCUUCACCGCCGCUUUACACGCCAGUCAGGAGUAAUCAAACUGUUUGGGGUCGUUGGACCCCCACGAUGCACCAGCAGGGCUCCUUCAUGCCCCCUUUGUUCAGGGAUGUGUUCUGCCAGUGCCGGUCUGCGGAGACGCACGCGGGAGUCGACCCGGGUGGCGGAUGCGGGGACGUUCUGGACCCCCCACCGGGUGCAGACAGUCAGCAGCCCCUGACAGAUGACUGCCUGUCGGACCCGGAGCACAGACUGAAGGUGCUGUUCCAGGUCCUUGAUGUGAAUGGGGAUGGAGGCAUCUGUGUCAACGACCUGUCCAUCGGGCUGAAGAAGCUGGGGGUGUACCGGACCCAGCACGAGCUCAUGAAUAUUGUAAAAGCAGGAGACAAAGACCUCGAUGGACAGUUAGAUUUUGAGGAGUUUGUUCAUUAUCUCAGAGACCACGAGAAAAAACUCCGACUGGUCUUCAAAAGUCUGGACAAGAAGAAUGACGGUCGGAUAGAUUCCCAGGAAAUCAUGCAGUCUUUACGUGACCUUGGCGUGAACAUCUCUGAGGAACAGGCUGACAAAAUUCUUAAAAGCAUGGACAAAGACGGUACGAUGACGAUCGACUGGAACGAGUGGAGAGAUUACCACCUCCUGCAUCCUGCAGACAACAUUCCUGCAAUCAUCCUCCACUGGAAGCACUCUACGAUCUUUGAUGUUGGUGAGAGCAUGGUGGUUCCCGAUGAGUUCACAGCAGAGGAAAAAAAGUCGGGCAUGUGGUGGCGACACCUAGUGGCCGGAGGAGGAGCGGGCGCAGUUUCUCGGACGUGCACGGCACCGCUGGACAGACUCAAAGUCUUGAUGCAGGUUCACGCCUCCAAGAGCAACAGCAUGCGUAUCGCUGGCGGCUUCGUCCAGAUGAUCCGAGAGGGAGGGGUGAGAUCGUUGUGGCGGGGAAACGGGAUUAAUGUCAUCAAGAUCGCCCCUGAAUCUGCCAUCAAGUUCAUGGCGUACGAGCAGAUUAAACGACUGAUCGGAAGUAACCAGGAGACGCUGGGCAUCACAGAGAGGUUCGUGUCGGGAUCUCUGGCGGGAGCCAUUGCUCAAAGCAGCAUCUACCCCAUGGAGGUGCUGAAGACCCGGUUAGCCCUGCGGAGGACGGGUCAGUACUCCGGGAUCGUGGACUGCGCCAGACAUAUUUUCCAGAAGGAGGGUGUGGCAGCUUUCUACAAGGGCUAUAUUCCCAACAUGCUGGGCAUCAUUCCCUACGCCGGCAUAGACCUGGCGGUCUACGAGACUCUGAAGAACUCCUGGCUGCAGCGCUUCGCCACAGACAGCGCUGAUCCGGGAGUGUUCGUCCUGCUGGCUUGCGGCACCACGUCCAGCACAUGCGGACAGCUGGCCAGCUACCCUCUGGCGCUGGUCAGGACUCGGAUGCAGGGACAAGCCACUCUGGAAGGCGGCCCUCAGAUGAGCAUGACAAACCUGUUCAGACACAUCAUUAGGACUGAGGGGCCCAUGGGGCUCUAUCGAGGUCUCGCCCCCAACUUCAUGAAGGUUAUUCCAUCUGUCAGCAUCAGCUACGUAGUUUACGAGUACCUCAAGGUCAAGCUAGGAGUCCAGUCCAAGUGAGCAGAGAAGAGCACACAAGUCAACCAAGAGGCCCAAACGACUGAGCUUUUUUUUAUGUUUGGACUUUGUGGAGCAGCAGGAAGCGACUUUAAUCCAUGAAGGCGGAAGCUGAGACUUGCAGGGAGCUGACGUCUGCUGUGUCUUAGUUACCAGAUCUUUCCAUGUUUAUCAUUAGUGAGGAGGAGGAGGUGUUGUCCCAGAAGGCUUUGCUGAUCCGUUUGACGUAGCAGCUGCUGAUCAACAGAGCCAGCUGAUGAGGAUGUGGCCUCUGCAUGUUGGGGAGUAGAUUUAGAUGUGGUGACCCUCAUUCAAACCUGGAGCCUAACACAGACUCAGAUCAUAGAAAUACAUUCAUUAGCCAAGUUCCAGCUUCUUCGUGGCUUUUGCAGACGUUUCCACUCCAUUCUUCCUUCUCUUACUUCCCUGGAAGGUUCUGGAAGUUUUCAGUGCCUUCUGCAGACAUGGGCUGAGCAAGCAGGAGAGAUGAGAAAUGAUCAGAGUAGAUUUCUAAUACAUCUUCCUUCUUAUGGUGGGAAAACGUAACAGAGCUCUUAGAUUUUUUUCUCCUUUGGACCAACUUUUCCAUAAUAAACCUUCUUUUAACGCUCAGAUGUAAUUUUUCCUUCAAACGUUUUAGUUCCGUCCGACACUUUUAUCAUGUGGGAGGUCAUGAGGAUCGUAGCUGGCGCUCAUGUCGCUGAUGGAUUGAAAACAAACUAUUCAUUCAGGUUUAUACAUGAAUAUAGAAACAGAAAGCAACCUGUCAGAGCUCUUUAUUCACAUUUAUUUCUGGGAAAGUCUCAGACACAGACGUGUAGGACCUGUUGGGUGAGUUUUAAAUUUGGCAAAAUGGUUCAGUUAUCAUGAAUUUCUCCCUGUGAGAUUUGAAUUCUGGAUGUUUUUGUGAUGUUUUUUUCCGAUAUUCAGGAAAUCUGCUGCUUGUGUUUGUGUCCAUGGCAUCCCGCGUGACCGACUCAACCUGCACAUUUGCUCGUUUUUUCGGGUCAUAUGUUGAGAUUAUUUCUCCCAACACGCUGGUUAACAUCACAACCUGCAGAUAAAACCGAGAAAACCAAUGAAAAUAAUCGUAGUUAUUGACAAGUAUGCUCAUUUAGAUCCAUUUCUGAAGUUACUUCUCUCAGAAAUGGAGCUGGUGUGUAAAGUUACUGCAGCAGGAUGCAGACGGUUGCCAUGGACACGGCAGAGGCUGCAGAGGUCAUUCUCUGCAGGUACAAGCUGGUAAAAUUUUUAUCAUCCAGCUGUUGGUUAAAAUGUUUUUCCUUUAAGUUCCUGUGUGCAGUCAACUGAGAGAGUGUGUUUUGGUUUCUUAGGAAUUUAAUUGGUCCUUUGAAGGAAGUCAUUUAUAAUCAGAGCCUAUGAGAACACUGAAUGUGCACAGACUGAGUUUUUGGAGUUUGAGCUGGAAGUGAUGCAUUAGAUGUGGAUAAAUGAAGCAGAAUCAACUCGUCUGCUUUAUGAUAAUGAUUGGGAAUUCUUUCCAUGACUGGGAUCUUGAUUGUGGAUUACUCUGAGUGCCUUGUGUGCUGAACCUCUUCCACCUGAACACUGUAAGAGUCGGACACUGAAUGUAGCAUGAGGUACAUUCCCUUUUUUUCCCCAUUUUUUAAAUUUAUUUAUUACUGUAUUUAUUUUACAAAACUUAAUGGCUGAAUUUAUGAUGUUUGGGUUGUGCUUCAAUCUCUGAUCUCUCUUCAAACUUCAAACUGUUUAUUCUCAUUAAGCUGUCAAUGUUGAACAUUUUCUUCGUUAUUGUUAGAAUAAUGACUCCUAAACAUUACAAAUAAUAAUGUGUAAAUUAUUUAACCCCCAGAUUACAUUUUACGCUUAUUGUACAUUUUGUAGGUGUUUGCAAUAAACUAAUGACACAAAAACAGUUUAAAUAAAGUUUAAACAAAAUGGUAUUACAAAGGUUUUUCUCAAAAUUCAACACUAAAUCCUUAUUUCAGUGAAUACUACUGUCUGAAAAGGAUUCAACCCCCUGAACAGAAUUCCUCAGAAGAGCUCACAUUUGAAAAUCGGGUGCAGUCAGGUGUCACAUGAACGCCUCAAACACCUGAACCGUUGACAGUAAUCCAUGAGUAUGUUUCAGAAAUAUGAUAAGAGAAUCAUUCAAAAGUUCAGAGAAGAGAUUUUCUUUAACAAAGAGGGAUAAGGACACAAAAAGAUGGCACACUGGAUGUCCCUGCAGAUACAGCUGGAAGAAUCAUUCAGAAGUUAAAAGUUAAAGGAGCAGUGGCUGAUCUACCUGAACCUGGUAGAAAGAGGAAACUAACAAGGUCUACCAGUCAUUGGGCGGCAGGUGGUCAAAAACCCUCGUCUGCAGCACGACCUGCUGGCAGCAGAAUGAGGUCUCACUUUCUACGGAAACACGUACAGUAGUCAGUAAAUGUGGAAUUUGGUGUUAAUUUAGGAGAAAACACUUUGAUAUUUGUUGUAUUGAAUUCGACCACUGAACUCGUCAGAUUUUCUCUCUUUGGUGUCCUCCACUAACAAUGCUAAUCCGGCAUCUUCUUCAUCUCGUCUCUUCUCUUAGAUUUCCCCUAACGACUGCUAAUCCGGCAUCUUCUUCAUCUCGUCUCUUCUCUUAGAUCUCCACUAACGACGGCUAAUCCGGCAUCUUCUUCAUCUCGUCUCUUCUCUUAGAUUUCCCCUAACGACGGCUAAUCCGGCAUCUUCUUCAUCCCGUCUCUUCUCUUAGAUCUCCACUAAC